CGUAAUUAUGGCACUAACGCACUCAGAAGUGUGCAAGUGCACGAUUUGGACCACAGUCGCUGUUUCCUACCGCAUAAAGUCACUUAAAUAUACACGUUAGUCAUAUAUAUUUUUGAAAAUCUAUAUCUUUAUAUUCAUAUGCGAUAAACUAUAAAAACAAAUACUUCAGAAUGGAGAGGUCUACAUUGUCCCUAUCCGGAAACAAUGUUCUAUAGUCUACACGUCUACUCCGGAGCUCUUUAAGGGUUGCACUAUCGCCGCCACACACCGUCAAAAGACCCGUAAUGUAUUUAAUGUGACAGCUGAUAUAGUAAAACAAGCCUUUUUCGUUUAUUUGAAACACUCAUCUCCGUUUAAAGUAAUUGUUGCUUAUUAACGGGCGAUUCUAUUGUUGCAUUAGCUUAACGUCAGCUGCUAGCUUCAGUUUGUAUUAAACUGUCAACACCAUAAAAUAGGGCAGAUAAUACAGUUAGUGGGGGAAAUGGAAAAAGCUGCCGAAGAAACAGCUGCAAAGGGGACAGACGGCGUUGUUAAGGGGGAAGCAGCCCUCAAACCCCAGUUCAUCACCACCAAGGACAAGUUUCAUGAAUUUCUAGACGCUGAGUGGCAAAGCUUGGAGAGAGGUAAAACCAGGGAGGCAGCUGAGGAGUCAAAUGAGACGCCCAUGCAGGAGCCUGAAACCAAAAAGCUCAAAUUAGACCCAGAGGAGAACAAUACAGGCGGGAAGCUGGAUGGUAAACGUCUCCGGGGGCAGAACAAGUCCAGGCCGCAUAAGAAGCCAGCCACUUAUGAUGAAAAAAGACUGUGUCUAUCAGUUAUUCAGGACGCCAGGGAAUGUCCCUUUGGAGACAAGUGCCACUUUUACCACGACGUCACCGCCUAUCUGGCCACCAAGCCUGCAGAUAUCGGCGAAAGAUGCCACAUCUACGACACAUUCGGGAAGUGCGCCUACGGCCUCACUUGCCGCUUUGCCAAGGCGCACACCACCGCCGACUUCAAGACCAUGGAGAACACCGACCUGGUCAAAGCCAAUGAGGGCAGGACGGCGGUGAAGAACAGCCUGAGUAAGGACCUCCAGAAUCGCCUGAGGAAGCACUCGGUAGCGUUCAGGAAGUCGGCAGAGUACCUGAAAACCAUUUCUACCAACAAGGACAAAAAGGAACAGCAAGGCAAUGGUGCAGCACCACCCGCUUCAGCAACUGAGUCUACAGAUGCAGAGACACAGGCCGGCUCAGACAACGCAGCCGCAGUGAAGACAGUCGGUGCGUUGACCGACACGGACAUUGUCAAGUUGCGUGCAUGUGAAAAAAAGCAGGUGGACUUCAGAGACAAACUCUACCUCGCCCCCCUAACGACAUGUGGCAACCUGCCGUUCCGACGCGUGUGCAAGCGAUUUGGAGCAGACAUCACCUGCGGAGAGAUGGCCAUGUGCACCAACCUGCUCCAGGGCCAGCAGUCCGAGUGGGCCCUCCUCAAGAGACACGAGAGCGAAGACCUGUUUGGAGUCCAGGUGGAGGGCUGCUUCCCCGACACCAUGACGAGGUGCGCCGAGCUCAUCAACAACAACACUGACGUGGACUUUGUGGACGUCAACUCAGGAUGCCCUAUUGACCUUGUGUACAAGAAGGGCGGAGGCUGUGGCUUGAUGACCCGCACUCGCAAGUUUGAGCAGAUAAUCAAGGGUAUGCACCACGUGCUGGACGUCCCUUUAACAGUCAAGAUCCGCACUGGCGUGCAGGAGAAAAGCAACAUUGCACAUAAACUCAUCCCAGAGAUGAAGAACUGGGGCGUCUCUAUGAUCACGCUACACGGACGUUCCAGGGAGCAGCGCUACACUAAACUUGCAGACUGGGACUACAUCACUACCUGCUCCAAGCUGGCCAGCCCCAUUCCUCUCUUUGGUAAUGGAGACAUUCUGUCCUAUGAGGACGCCAUGAGAGCCAAAGAGACAGGGGUUUCUGGUAUUAUGAUUGCAAGGGGUGCUCUGGUUAAGCCCUGGAUCUUCACUGAAAUCAAGGAGAGUCGCCACUGGGACAUCUCCUCCAGCGAACGACUGGACGUCCUCAGGGAUUUCACCAACUUCGGCCUGGAGCACUGGGGCUCGGACACACGAGGAGUGGAGAAGACUCGGACCUUCCUGCUGGAGUGGCUCUCCUUCAUGUGCAGGUAUAUUCCAGUGGGCCUGUUGGAGCGAGUGCCUCAGAAGAUCAACGAGAGGCCUCCAUACUACAUGGGCAGGAACUACCUGGAGACACUAAUGGCCAGUCAGAAUGUCGGGGACUGGAUCAGGAUCAGUGAAAUGCUACUAGGACCUGUACCCCAAAAUUUCAACUUCUUGCCGAAGCACAAAGCCAACUCAUAUAAAUGAUUUUUUUUAUUUUUUUGCCCGAGAACCAUAUGAAAAUAGUUUUGGCCAAGUGUGACUGAUACGACAACUUCUAAUUUAGUUUGAGUUUGGGUACACAUGUAAUGUGCAAUAAAGUCUU